CAGGGCGAUAAGGAAAGCCCCCUUGGUGAUAGGCAAAGCUAGCUACUGGGAACUCGCGUGUUGUAAAAGGAAGGUGCAGGCGUUAUGCAGUUGCAUAAUGCGAAGACUUUUUGGAAAUUCAGGAGAUACAUGACAGCGAAAAAUGAAAAGUGUGAUAGUUGUGAUUAUUAAGAGCGGAUGAUGGUUUUGCUAACGGUGCUUUGUUUUGUUUCAAUAUUUUGGACGAUAAAUUCGGGAUAUGUCCAAGACAAAGACAAUGCUUUACACAGGCACCGUCCUAGACGUGACCUACCCCCCUAUCCCACCCCUCCCUUACCCGCUGGCGUUACGAGACCGACCCUCGGUCUUAUGAUGUUCCACGUCAAUUUCCAAUAUUCCCGUGUCCCGUGUGCGGACAGCCCCUCCCGACGUACCUCCCUCACGGAGGACCAGCUGAUGCAACUGUUUGUCAGAAAAGGCGGGAAAUUCCGGCCUUCUUUGAUGGCUAUUGACGAGGAAAGAGCUCUUUCCGAUUUCCCUAACCUUCUACCAAUUGGUCAAGCUAAGGAUACCUAUAUAAAAAACGUCGACAUACCAGUGUCCAAAGAAAAGCUUUUGGACGAUUUAAAUAAAUGGGAUACCUUUUUCAAGUCUGCCCACAAAAUUCCUCGGCCAGUGUUCCCUGAUUAUAGCCAUCAUUUACAGAGUGCAAUGAAUCUCUUAGGAUCGGAAGUGGGAAACUACAUUAUAAAAAACGGAAUAAAUCCGGAAGACAUAAUAAACUUUAUCAAUGACCACGACAUAACCCAUCAUCCCAAAAUCCUCAGCUCGAUCAGAAAGCCGGAUCGCAGAUGGAAAAGGCAAUCUUCGGGCGUCAAUGCCCAAGCAUGUCAGUACAGGGGUAACAAAACAGAUAAUGGUUUCAUCAAUUUCUGUACAUCGUGUAUGACCACGACAGAUCUCGGGAGCGAGAGGUUCCCGCGAUACAUCAACGAGAUUGUAUGCAAUGUGGAGCCAUGUUUGACUGUCAACAGAAGCCCACAUGGUGCUUGUCAGGAAAAUAUCCUCCAUCUGACCUUCCUCCGCCGGACCCCCAGCCCCAAUGGCUGUUUCUUGGUCAUUGAAGACACGUCGUUCGGUCAGAACAAGACUUUGGCCCAUGCCUGGGAGACUUACACACAACGCAUCAGGGUCGGGUGCAGCUGCAAGCUCGACAAACGAUCCCGACUGAAGGCCACAUUCGGCUUCGGAAAAUAAUGGUGGAUUAUUCCUGUUGUAUUUUGACAAUAAUAACGCAUGUGCAAUCUAUAUAUUUUCGUCUGUGUGCGCUUCUUUUGUAUAU